ACCCUUUCUGCUCUCGCGGCCCCGAGCGCGCAGCGCCCAGGAGCCGGAUAGAGCCUGACGCCCUGUCGUCUCCCCUCGCGCACAGGGCUCUGCGAGUGAUCCGGCCGGCCAGCUCCCUGCUGCAUGGAACGGCUGCAGAAGCAACCACUUACCUCCCCUGGGAGCGUCAGCUCCUCCCGAGGCUCCAGUGUUCCGGGCUCUCCCUCCAGCAUCGUGGCCAAGAUGGACAAUCAAGUGAUGGGCUACAAGGACUUGGCUGCCAUCCCCAAGGACAAGGCCAUCCUGGACAUCGAGAGGCCUGACCUCAUGAUCUACGAGCCCCACUUUACCUAUUCUCUGCUGGAACACGUGGAGCUGCCCAGAAGCCGGGAGCGCUCGCUGUCACCCAAAUCCACAUCCCCCCCACCAUCCCCAGAGGUGUGGGCGGAGAGCCGGUCCCCUGGAACCCUCUCUCAGGCUUCAGCCCCAAGAACCACUGGCACGCCCCGGACCAGCCUGCCCCAUUUCCACCAUCCUGAGACCACCCGCCCAGAUUCCAACAUCUACAAGAAGCCACCCAUCUACAAGCAGAGAGAGUCCACAGGAGGCAGCCCUCAGAGCAAGCACCUCAUUGAAGACCUCAUCAUCGAGUCGUCCAAGUUCCCUGCAGCGCAGCCUCCCGACCCCAACCAGCCAGCCAAGAUCGAAACAGACUACUGGCCAUGCCCCCCGUCGCUGGCCGUUGUGGAGACAGAGUGGAGGAAGCGGAAGGCGUCGAGGAGGGGGGCAGAGGAGGAGGAGGAGGACGACGACGAUGACUCCGGGGAGGAGAUGAAGGCUCUCAGGGAGCGUCAGAGAGAGGAACUCAGUAAGGUUACUUCUAACUUGGGAAAGAUGAUCUUGAAGGAAGAGAUGGAAAAGUCACUGCCUAUCCGACGGAAAACCCGCUCUCUGCCUGACCGGACACCCUUCCAUACCUCCUUGCACGUGGGAACAUCGAAGUCUUCUUCCCUCCCCGCCUACGGCAGGACCACCCUGAGCCGGCUUCAGUCCACAGACUUCAGCCCAUCCGGGAGUGAGACCGAAAGCCCAGGCCUGCAGAACGGAGAGGGCCAGAGGGGGAGGAUGGACCGGGGGAUCUCCCUUCCCUGUGUGCUGGAGCAGAAGAUCUAUCCUUACGAAAUGCUGGUGGUGACCAACAGGGGGCGAACCAAGUUGCCUCCAGGUGUGGAUAGGAUGAGGCUUGAGAGGCACCUGUCAGCAGAGGACUUCUCAAGGGUCUUUUCUAUGUCUCCCGAAGAGUUUGGCAAGCUGGCUCUGUGGAAGCGAAACGAACUCAAGAAAAAGGCCUCUCUCUUCUGAUGGCCCCCACCUGCUCUGUGACUGACCCUCACCCUUGCUGCUUCAGGGCUCUGGAGCUGGGGUCACUAGACCCCAAAGCAUCAUCUCUGGGGGGAGCAGGGUGGUGGGGCAGAGGUGGGGUUGGCUCCGUUGCCGAGGUCGAGGGAGAGCGAGGCCUCUGCAGUGCUGGGGCUUGGGGACGUGGACCUCCUUCCCCAUGAUGAGCUAGGGGUGGGGGCCCCUUCUCUCAUCCCUGGUCCUCGCUGCACAGGGCAAACCCAGCGUGCACUCCAGCACACGCAGAGAUAGUGUCUGCACCCUCUCCCUGCCCCCACCCCCGUGUGAAGGUCCCCAGAAGAGAGUGACGAGAUACGAACAUGACACUUAAUGGUCAGGCCUGUCUGCUGUCCCGACCAAUGGGUGGGAAAAACCCUCGGGCCUGGUAGGAGGCACGUGAGGGUGGGAAGCAGCCACGCAGGCAGAGAGCGCCCAGGACCCUGUGCACCCAAGCACUCCUCCGCAGCUCACCUGGGACGGGUUCCCCUGCACCUGGGCCUCCCGCCGCUCAGCCUCCAGCAGGGAGGCCACCCAGCCCUCUAGCUCACCCUGUCCUCUCCUUGUGACCCCCAAGCUUCAAAGCCUCUUGCUCCAGCCCUGAGGCUUCCCUAGAAGCCUCGGCUUAGAGUGGAGAUGUCGCCUAUACAGACCCCCAGCCCAACAUCAGCCUUCAGGCUGAGUCAGCUAGAAUGCUACCUUCUAGCAUCCAGGGCCCGGGCAGAGCCCAGGCCUUUGGGCUCCCCUGGACGGGAUGAGGAGCCAGGCUGAGAGUCCUGGCUACCAGGUCCCACCCACACCCCUGCAUCCCCCACCAUGCUCUCUAAAGAAUGUAAUUUAUUGGGGCACCCCCCAGCUGCUUUCCUCACCUAACUCUCUGCCCUACCUUAAUCACGCUCCCAGCUUUUCUUCUCUCCAAAUACACGUGUAUAUAAUUAUAUAUAUAUAUUUUGGCCGGGGUCUGGGUUUUGUUCCUGCCCAGACCCCGACAUCCCUUUCCGCCGUGUGUGUGUGAUGAUGCUGGGGGAGGGGGACUCUGCUUGGAAUUAAAAGGUUGCAUCGGG